AUGAGCAUCGACAGCAAAAUUGCACAGGUCGCAUGUAUUCUGGGCUAUCAAUUUGAGCCACCGACCUGCCUUUCCAAAGCUCUUAUGACGCCUGGGGUAGGCGGGGAAGGGCUGGCAGAUUUUGGUAUUGACGUGAUUCGUUCAUGCCUUUCGUUUAAUGCUUAUGAACAGAACAUUCAAUUAAUAAAAAAAGGCGACGUUGCCGAAAGAAAGGAUAAGCUGUGUACAUACGCUCACCUUGCCUACGUUGCCCAACGCACAACCCUUGAUAGAAUGAUUGUAUCCAACCCGCGGCCCGUUGAAGAGGGCCAUAUUAUUGUCGGAAAGGCCUUGGCAGCGAUUAUUGCAUGUGCACAUCUCGACUGUGGGAGAAGCUAUCCUCGGACGUUGCAGAUAUUGGAGUAUAUAGGGUUUUUCAUACCAGAGGACAAUGGGGUGGAUCCCUCAUGGCUGUAUGUUAGCAUGAAUAUGGAUACGCAUGUGCCUGUAGCACUGCCUGAGAAUGGCGAUGAGCGUGCUACGACGACAGAUAUACUCGAAGCCAUGAGCAUAGAGUGUCGCCACAACUCAAGUCUGUACGAGAUCGAGUGCGCGAAUGGUCAUCCCAUGCCCCCAGCUUUCAGCAGUGUCCAAAGAGGGAGUAAUGUGCCAAAUGCAGUACAAAAGCGUGACCGCAAACGAUCAGUGGAUAUCUCAUUCGGUAAGAGUGGGGAUGACCAGAGAAAGGCAAAGCAAUGCCGACGACAGAAGGAUAGUCUGAUGGAAUCCUUCCUCGCGCAAGAAACCAAAAAAUGCCAACGUAAUUCCCUCCAAACUCCGCAGGAAUCGUACUUUACCACAGACAUUGCGAGAGCCAUUGAGAGCGCAGAUACAAAGCUAUCGAAGGAUGUCUUAGAACGACUAAUCUUAGGCUCUGGCAGCGCACAGUCAGUCCUUGUCAUUCAAGAGGCAAUUCGAACCUGGCGAGGGAGGGCAGACCUGUCUUAUUUGCAGAUCUCUAGCAACUCAUCGAAGGCACAGACAUAUAGCAAUAUCUCUCUUACAAAUCAGCAAAUCACAGGUCUGAAUUUAUUUCGAAGGUAUCAAAUCUCUUACUUAUUUGAAGAGUGUGCGAUGAUGAAGCAAGUGCUUCCUGAUGUCAAACGGGAAUCUUUAGAGUGGAAGAAAGGAUACAAGGAUGUUAGCAACCUUCGGUUACUUGCACGGAGAUUUCACGUCUUACAGGAGCGUUUCGGCAAAGGCAUUCUUGCACUGAUACCAUACCCUGAACAAUCCCACCAGCCAGGUCUGGAAUUAUCAGAUAAUAUGCUCUUAAAGGUGCCGGAAUCCACCUUCCCGCAAAUUGUUUCCAUUCUCGAUCACUCCCAGGGUGACUAUUUGCGGGAAUUGAGCAAGGCAGCUGGGGAAAUUAUAGGGACGAUGCUUUAUGAAUCUCAAGACUUUUAUCCUCCCUUCAAGCUCGAGACAAUCGAACCCAGCUACAUAUUAGAGCAACCGAAGGAUUUACGUACCAUCCUUCCUCUCCUAAAUUGA